GAAAGCAAGGAAGCUAUUCAUGAGGGAAUCUCUUCUUAACAAAUGUUAUUUAGCCGGGUGUUACCUCAAACAGAUGUGAAUUUGCACAAUGAUUGCUAAUGAAGAGUUGGCAGAGGAGAGGGACGUCGGGAACCAUCACCAAACUGACCAGACAGCAUCUUCAUCAGUGAAGACUAAGAAUGACAGUAACAGGAAACGGAAGAACGUCUCUGAGCAGAAGGGACAAGAAAAGGAGAAGAAACCGAGAGCAGAAGCUCUGAACAGCCAGUGGGAGGAAGCUCAGCGAAAGGACCAGCCCCCUGCGUUAAAAGAGAAGAGACCGCCGAGAUCCAAGGAGAAGCCGUUGCAAGAAAACGUCAUAAGCAGCUCUCUGAAGCAAGAAGAGGCUGCUGAGAGUGAAGCCUCCAGCCAAAAGCUGGAAGAAAAGUCCAAAGCUCCAGAGGAGGAGAAGGCCAAGCACAGACAGGUGGAGACUGAAUCCGUCCCAACCAAAACUCCAGCUUCAGGGCAAGAGAGCGCUCCCAGAGUCCUUGAGACGGCUGCCGAUGGUCCGGAUUGCAACGGCCAGGAAGUUUCUCAUCCGAGGGAGCAGGAGGGUGAAGAGGGCCAGCCCAGGGAGGGGAGUGCCGAAAGAUCAGAGCACGCCCCGAAGAAAGUGAGAACUGGCCCUGAAGGGAAACUCCUGGUGACCGACAACAGAGACCUGGUUCCAAGACACCAGGAAACAAAAACUAAUGGGGUUGGUGGUGAGAACGCGGCGUUCUCUGGAGAUCUGGAUGGUUCAGUGGAGGAAGUGGACAUUACAGCCAAAGGCAGCACGAAAGAGGAAGAGGGGGAGAAAAACACUGAGUGGGAGCCAGGUUCAUUCAUUCCUGAGGGGCACAGAGAGGAGAAACGAGUCAAAGACAGGAAAAGAAAAAGGGAAGAGGAAAAGGAGAGAGGGAGCAGGGAGCAGAAGGAAACAGAAGUGAGGAAGAAAGAGAUCAAAGAGAAGAGGAAACGUGAACUAAAGGAAAGUAAAGGGGGUGUGAGUAAGAAAGAGGAACCUAAAAAGGAAAGGGAGGGAAAGGACCAGGAGAAGAGAGAUGGUGCAGAGCCCAGCAAAGCCAAGAGGGAGAAGGGAAUCACUGAAGCCAUCUCCGGAAAAGGCGAAGGGCCGAAGGAGAUGGGAACGCAAGAGGGUCGCCCUAGGUUGAAAAGAGCAAAGAAACCCAAGCAGCUGGAGAGUGGGGAUGAUGCAGAGGGAUUGGAUGGGGGGGCUGGUGAUCGAAGGGAAAAGGAAAAGCGAGGGAGUGAGACAGCAGGGGAGGCGGAGAACUGGGCCAAUACAGGAGAGGAUGAAAUACAGACGGAGAGAGGAAAGAACAGAACGGAAGACAGAGAAAGGGCAGAGGGAGAAGAGAAGCCUGCCCAACAGCCAGCAAGAACAGCAGAGGAUGAGGAGAAAAGGAAAGGUAAAGACACAGAGGGAGAGAAAAAGAAUGUCAAAGCAAAUAAGGAAGUGAAGGCAGGAAAGAACCAGAAAGAGAAAGGGCAGGAAAAGAGGGAAGAAAAGAUAAAGGAAGCGAAAAACAAGAGGGAGAAAAGGGAAGGAGAGAAGAACAAAGAGAUUGAAGAAAAGACGGGAAGGAAAAAAACACAGAAGGAUAAAAGGGUGGAAGAUGAGCAAGAAAUGGAAAGGGCAGAAGAUGGGGCAAUAGAAGAACAAGAGGGAAGGGAUGAGAAAGAGAAUGAGAAAAGAAAUGAUGUGGAGGAAGAGAGGAAAAGAAACAAAAGAAUGAAGGAUGAAAAAGAAAUUAAGGAAGAGGAGGAGGAUGAACAAGAGGGAGAAGGAUGGGAAAGGAAUGAAAGAAUGGGAGGUGAACAGGAAAGGGAGGAAAAGGAAGAGGAAAUGGAGAAAGAUGAGACUAGGGAAACAAAGGAGAAACAAGGAAAGGAAACGAACCAGGCCAAGAAAAAAAACAAGGAGAGAAAAGCAAAGGAUGAAAAUAAAUGCACAGAAGAGAAGGGAAGAAAGAGCAAAGAGAAAUCCAAGGAGGUGGAGAAUGAGGGGGGAUCGAGGAAAAGGAAAAGCAAAGAGGAAGGAGACAAGAAGAAAAACAAGAAAUUAAAGAAGGAGGCAGAUGAGAAGGAAAAGAAGAAAGAGGAAAACAAGUGGAAGUGCUGGAUUUCGGGCAUGUUUCCGCGGGGUGGGGUGCUUCUUAGACAAGCCCUGGGUCAUUUUCACCCCCAUCCUGGCCGUGGGUGGCUCAGCAGUCUCCAGUCUUUGAUACGGCAGGUCAGUGCCGCUCACAAGGGAGUGGUGAGUGGCAAAGCCAGGAAAUGACCUCGGAGGAGCGGAAGAAGAUAAAGCAUCUGGAGAAGUGCGACUUCAAAGAGAUGCACAAGUACUUUGUGGACAAAAACGAGGCCCGGAAAGCUUUGCCCAAAGAGGAGAAACAGAAACUGAAGGAGGAGGCAGAUAAGAUCCAGGAGGAGUAUGGGUACUGCAUCCUCGACGGGCAUCGGGAGAAAAUAGGCAACUUCAAAACCGAGCCCCCAGGGCUGUUCCGUGGGCGCGGGGACCACCCUAAAAUGGGCAUGCUGAAGAAGAGGAUCAUGCCAGAGGACGUCAUCAUAAACUGCAGCAAGGACUCUAAAACCCCCGAGCCUCCAUCGGGUCACAAGUGGAAGGAAGUGCGCUGUGACAACACCGUCACGUGGCUGGCCUCGUGGACUGAGAACAUCCAGAACUCGAUUAAGUACAUCAUGCUGAACCCGAGUUCCAAGCUCAAGGGGGAAAAGGACUGGCAGAAAUAUGAAGUAGCCAGACGUUUAAAAGGUGUAGUCAACAAGAUCCGCUCUCAAUACCGUGCAGACUGGAAAUCCAGGGAGAUGAAGAAACGGCAAAGAUCCGUGGCUCUUUACUUCAUUGACAAGCUGGCCCUGAGAGCCGGUAACGAGAAGGAAGAAGGGGAGACUGCAGACACGGUUGGCUGCUGCUCCCUGCGUGUUGAGCACAUUAAGCUGCACCCAGAGCUGGACGGGCAGGAGCAUGUUGUGGAGUUUGACUUCCUGGGGAAAGACUCGAUCCGGUAUUACAACAAAGUGCCUGUGGAGAAACCGGUGUUCAAGAACUUGCAGUUAUUCAUGGAGAACAAAGACCCAGGGGACGACCUGUUUGACAGGCUGAAUACAACGGUCUUGAACAAACACCUUCAGGAUUUGAUGGACGGGCUGACAGCCAAGGUGUUCAGAACUUACAACGCUUCCAUCACUCUGCAGGAGCAGCUGAAAGCGCUCACGGACGCUGAGGACAACGUGGCAGCGAAACUCCUCUCGUACAACCGAGCCAACCGAGCAGUGGCCAUUCUGUGUAACCAUCAGAGAGCCACGCCCAAGAGCUUUGAGAAGUCAAUGCAGAACCUCCAGGCCAAGAUCGACGCCAAGAAGGAACAGCUGGGCGAGGCGCAGAUGGAGUUGAAGAGAGCCAAGGCUGAUCUCAAAGCCAAAAAAGAUGUGAAAUCUAAAGCCGCCGUGGAGAAGAAAAAGAAGCUGCUGGAGAAGCUCCAAGAACAGCUGCUGAAGCUGAACGUUCAAGCCACGGACAAAGAGGAAAACAAGCAGAUUGCUCUGGGCACAUCCAAGCUGAACUAUCUGGAUCCCAGGAUUAGUGUGGCCUGGUGUAAGAAGUUUGGAGUGCCCAUCGAGAAGAUUUACAAUAAGACCCAGAGGGAGAAGUUUGCGUGGGCGAUUGACAUGGCUGACGAAGACUUUGAGUUCUGAGAGUGGGGUUUCCCCACUGAGAAACAGAACCCACGUUACCUCGUGCUCUUCUGGUAGCUUUGGAAGUUUUUAUGUAUUGGGGAAAAUACGUGUAAUGGAAGAAUUUGAUACAUGCACAGCAUGUCUAUUUUUGUGUAAAAAGAACCCACGAGUUUAAAUCGGAAACACAGAUACCACUCCCAGUGGUACUAAUCCUGACCACAGUGGCCUUAAAUAUGAACUUUCAGUUCCUUCUCUCUGUUGCCAAGUGCUUCAUGUCUUCUUCCCCCUUUGGUUCUGAGAUGACGGCGGUUAGGUGCGAGUUUUAAGUAUGCAACAUAAAACUAGAUUAGAUUAUCUCAUCCCAUCUCUAGUCUCUGUAUCAGGAUGUCUCUACCCUUGCACUCUGCCUGGGAAUUAGCUUGACCAGAAACACUAAGGAAUGAUACUGCUGGACCCAAGCAAUUGGAAACACUGAAAGCAGCUGUAACAUGACUGAAGGGGGGUAGCAGAAGUUCUGGGGACACUGCAAGAAGGGAUAGUCUACCUGUCUGAGCAUGAGAAAGAAUUACAGGAUAUCUUGUUUUCUCUAUUCUUUGGAAGGGGAAACUGGUUCGGAUGCACACACACACAAUCAUGGUGAUCUAUAGGAAACAUUUGCUUUACGGAGGGAAGAAAUGAUUGAAAAGGCCAACCAGCAAUUAGGGUGGUUAUACAAUAGAUGGUUGACACCCAAAGCAAAAUCAUGUUGAUUUGAGCAAAGCCUGCUUGAAUGUAACUUCUCUGUAUAAUGUUGGUCUAGCAGAACCGUUCCCUGUGGCCCUCAUCCAAAGCCCACUGAAGUCAAUAGAUGUUUUUCCAUUGACUUCAGUGGGCUUGGGAUCAAGCCGCAGGUAUCUUUAGACACCGUAUCAGUCGAUGCAAAUCUCACCGCAUCCAUUCAUUUUCAUAGUGUGGACAGGGGUCAGGUCAUGGCAGGGGUUGGAAAUGUUGGACGGGGACAUGGUUUUGCUGUAGAAGCGACAGAAAGUGGCAUGUGACUUCAUUGACUGAGUCCAUGUUUCUCACUGAUCUGGCAGCGUAGGGCAGCAAGCUACUCUCAGCACAAACCGGGUGGGGAUCUACUGUAGGAAAAGUACAGUAAAAUGAAGAUAUUUGCCAUAUCACUUUGGAUCACUUGUUUUGAUACAAAGCACAAAGUUUUUUACGGAUCUUCCAAGCAAUAAGCCUAAAAAUACUUUCGUCAGUAAAUCUUUGUAUGCACACUAAGGGUUAAAUCGGCUCCAGGAUUAACCUUUCUAUCAUUCAGUGAAUAAAGUCCCUGCCACUGCGGUCUGGAGGUCCUUUUCUGCGUGUCGAUUUUCAGACCGUCGCUCAUGUGUUAACUUAUUUAAGUUCUCAUUUCUGUUUGAAGUUAGGUGCUUGAAACAUUUCAUUAAAAUCUGAAAUAUUUUUGGGUA